AAAUUCUUGGAUUUUCAAGUGUGUGUUUGCUGACAGGACUGAGCGUUUGUUAAUGAAGAGAUGGACAUGGCAGAGAAAACAAUUCUUUUCUGUUUUCUAUUAAAAGGUGUUUGUUGUAAUGAUUUCAGCAUCAGUCUGCCAGAGAAGAUUGAAGCUCUCAGUGGAUCCUGUGUGAUCAUAAACUGCUCUUUUGAGAUUAGAGACGAUUAUGAUCAAUUCCUCAAUGAGAAAGCUGCUACAGGAGUUUGGCUCAAAGAUGGGACAGAGACAGAUAUCAAUCAAGUGUUUAACUCCAGAAAUCCCAAACCUGGUCACUUGAGUGGAAAAAUAACUGGAAAUCUACACGAAAAGAACUGCACAACUAUCUUUUAUGAUGUUAGUUCAAGAGACAGUGGAAGUUAUUACUUCAGGAUUAUGAGUGAAGAUCUGAAAAACACCUACACACAAUCCUUCUCCACUAUAAAUGUCAUUGAGUCUCCUCCUAAACCCAGAGUGCAGCUGUAUGUGGAUGAGGAGAAGAGGCAGGAUCAGGAGGAGGUGUUGGAGGGGAGCUCUGUGAGUCUGCGCUGCUCUGCUGAGACUCUCUGCUCCUCUUCUCCAGCGACUCUCACAUGGAGCUCCACUCCCAGAAUCCCCCUCAAUGACAGCAGCAGACUACAGGAGCUCAUCUCUGAUCUCAAGUUCACUGCUACUCACCGAGAGCACAGAGUCACUUUCACCUGCACUAUAACCUACCAGAUACAGGACCAGAACAAAACAGCUCAGGACAGCAUCACGCUACACGUUCAGUAUUCUCCUAAAGACACAUCAGUGUCUGUGUUUCCCUCCAGCUCUGUGUUGGAGGGCAGUUCAGUGACUCUGUCCUGCAGCAGUGAAUCAAAUCCAGCAGUGAUGAACUACACCUGGUCCAGAGAGAGAGAAGGACAGUUGGAGCAGCUGCAGACGGGACAAAAUCUUACCUUCAAUAGGACCGACCCGACACACAGAGGCUGGUACCACUGUACAGCUCAGAACCAACAUGGAGCCCAAAACUCAUCUGUGAUGCUGGACAUUCAUCGUUCGAAUCAUUUCUCUGUGCUGAUUGGAGUUGCUGUCGUGGCUCUGGCGGUCGUGUUGUUGUGUGCCAUUACAUGUAUCUGUGUACGAAAAUGGAAAGGAAAACUUCCAGAGACUACACAAGAGGGCAUCAAGAGAAGAGAUCAAGAUACCAAUGAUGUGGCUGUUUAUGCCAUGAUGUCUCCUGCUGGAGCCGCCGCAGAAAAUCAAGACGCCGUCAUUUAUUCCCCCGUUGUCUUCACGAAAAAGACUAAAUCGCAAGAGGUCAGGAGCGUUUCUUCACGUCAUGCUUACUGCUCUGCGGCCCAGGACCGUUCUGAAUCAGAAGAAAAGCUGAGCGAAGACUCCUCUCAGCUUUAUGCAAAGGUUAAUCGCCGUGACAUUAGAAAACUGGAGACUUUGGCAUUCCUCUAUUAGCUUUUUUUCCCAUAAAAAUAUAUAUUUCAGAUACUGUACAUGUAAACAAGAGAAAAAUGUUAACAUUUAGCCCCUCUAUCGCCGACUCAUUACACAAUUUCAAUUAUAUUCUGUGGGUUUUAUUCAUUUGUUUAUAUUCGUAUAAUCAUAUAAUCAUUCUAUUCAUCAAUUUAAUUGUAUUCAUUUUCUACAUGUAUUAUUUAAACAUUUAACCUUUUAUGACCUCAUGUGCAA